AUGGUGCUGAAAGAAAACGUCCAAUGGGAUAUGGGCGGAAACAACGGAGCAUGUGUUGAGCUCCGAAAACCGAUGGAAGGUAAUUGCCUGGCCAUCGGAUUUUCUAUCGUAGAACAACUUGUCACGUCGCCGGUAUCGGUAAGCGAUGGUGGCUGCAGAAAGAAGGGUGCGCAUGGUGGCAACGAAGUGGCGUGCGGCACCACAACGGCCGGCCAGUGCCAGGCGGCGGUGGGCGCGCCUGUCCUCUGCCCCGUUACCAGUGACGGCCAGGGAGGCAUGGCACUAGCGGGCGUGGUACGGCAGCACUGCUUAGGGGAUAGCGUGUUACUAGGCAAAGUCCAGAUGCACGCUGAUUGGCUCAAUCAAGAGUUGCAGAGACUGGGCCUAGAAUCAACUUUCUACAACGUC